AGGGAGCGGCCACCCUACUAAGAGGGAGAAUGGCUCCAUCAGGCGCAGCUCCGGAACCGAGAGUCGCGCGGGUUGGUGUUUCCCGAACGAGGGGCGGGGAUAAUCGGGAAAUUCUCGGGAAAACAUUAGCUUUCGCUUUUUGCUGGGUUUUAAUCAAAGAGGAAAAGGCGACAGCGUCGAGAUCCUUUAAGUUGGUGUGCCUUGUUUCUCCUCCAUAGAGCAUCAAUUAUGGAGCAAUGUGGCCUCCUCACCUCCUUGAAAGUGCCAGUGCCUUUGAAAAGCAUUUCUGUGGAUGUCAUUAUACGAGGUUUCGUGGCUGACGUAGUAUCCGAACUUCAGUACCAGAAUGAGGAAAAGAAUCCAGUGGAGACCACCUUUGUCUUCCCUCUGGAUGAUGAAGCCGCAGUCUAUGCCUUUGAAGGUCUCAUCGGUGGGACACGGAUUGAGGCCCAGAUCCGAGAGAAGAAGCAGGCAGAACAAGAAUACGAAGAUGCCGUGAGCGAAGGCCGCCAGGCUUUCCUGCUUGAGAGAGAAGAAAAUGCCAAUGACAUUUUCACGUGCAGCCUGGGCAAUCUUCCUCCUGGUGGGGAAGCCACACUGAAACUACGCUAUGUUCAAGCAUUAGCGGUGGAACCAGAUGAUGCCGUCCGUUUUGUCCUGCCAGCUGUCUUGAACCCCCGCUAUGUUCCUGAAGGCUCAGAAGGGGGCACUGUUUCCCAGCAGAUACCACGAAUGUCCAAAGAAGCUGUGCCUUACACCCUCAGCCUCAGUGCCAAGGUAGAGUCCCCCUAUGUCAUCAAACGGGUGGACUCAAAAUGCAGUCUUGUACAAAAUAUGUCAGAGGAUCGCACUGCUGCCCAGGUCUCCUUGGCUAAAGGGCACAAAUUUGAUAGUGAUGUGGAACUGCUGAUAUAUUAUGAAGAUGUGCACAAGACCAGUACCAUUUUAGAGAUUGGGAAAUCUGGAGCUGCCCCAGGUUCACUGAUGGGAGACCCAGCCCUCCUGCUAAGCCUGUAUCCAAACAUUGUAGCUGCCAAAGCAGGCCAGUGUGUUUCUGGAGAGUUUAUCUUCCUGCUGGAUCGCUCUGGCAGCAUGGAUACCCUCAUGGGUAACAGUGUUGGUACCCAAUCACGCAUCGAGAGCGCUAAGGAGACCUUGAUUUUCUUGCUAAAGAGUCUCCCUCUGGGAUGUUACUUCAACAUCUUCGGUUUUGGUUCUACUUAUGACUCAUUUUACCCGCAGAGUGUUAAGUAUACCCAGCAGACCAUGGAUGCAUCUGUCCAACGUGUGAAGGAGCUGCAUUGUGACUUGGGAGGAACAGAGAUUGUAAAACCCCUGAAGGCUAUUUACAGCCAGCCAUGCGUUGAAGGACAUCCUCGACAGGUCUUUGUGUUCACUGAUGGAGAAGUGUGCAAUACAAAUGAGGUCAUUGCUGUGGUUCACCAUAACAGUCACUUCCACAGGUGCUUCUCCUUUGGCAUUGGGGAAGGGGCUUCCACGUCCCUGGUCAAAGGCAUUGCUCGAGCUGCUGGAGGCAGUGCCGAAUUCAUCACUGGCAAAGAACGCAUGCAGGCCAAGGCUUUGCAAAGUCUGAAGAAGGCCCUUCAGCCAGCAGUGUCGGGGAUCUCUCUGAGCUGGGAGUUGCCUUCUGGCCUUGAGGUCAACCUUGUGGGGUCAGGCCCUCAGGUCAUUUUCCAAGGUCAGCGCUGCCUCAUCUAUGCCCAGAUCCGGGGCCAACCACAGACGUCAGGCUCCAUGGAAGGGACAGCCGUCGUUCGGUAUAAUUUCCAAAAUGAGACUCAGACAGAAACAGUAAAGUUCUCAUUCCAACUUGAGAAGACAGAAAGGCUCCCUGUUCACCGUCUUGCUGCUCAGGCACUGUUGCAGGAAUUAGAAGAGGACAAGGAGAAGGUGGAAGAAAAGCGGGUUCUGGCACUAGAGACAAGCCUGAGCUCUGGGGUGGUGUGUUCCCAGACAGCUUACGUGGGUGUGAACACAGAGCUGGGCAAACCGAUUCAAGGACCUCUCCUCCGCCGAGAUAUCGAGCGUUAUGAUUCGCUGAGAUCAUCAGGCCCGCUCUUCCUGGCACAGGGAGCAUCAUGUAGAAAUAGACGCAGCACCCCUCUAGCGGCACCUCCCAUAUCAGGUCAUGGAAUGUCUUUCGGCUCAAGUUCAUUAGGUUCAUUUUUCAAGUCAUCUUUAAAGAAGAAGAGAUGUGCUGCACCACCAGUGGCAGUGGGACUAUCGGGCUGUCCAGCAACACUUAAAAACAGCUCAAGCAGCAGACCUAAGGAAGAAGAAUCUCCUCUUUUGAAGUUGGUAUCCCUGCAGAAUGCAAAUGGCUCCUGGCCUCAUGGGCCUGUCCUAGCUGCCAUAUUAGACUUGAGUGAAGCUGAUGUGGUCUCAGAUAUAUGGGCAACAGUGCUGGCUGUUCUCUGGCUUCAUUUGAAAGCUGCAGAGCAGAAAGACGAAUGGGAACUGCUGGAAGGAAAAGCUGUCCAUUGGCUCCAAGUGAAUGCAGGAGAUCAACUGGCUAAGUAUGUGAAUGAUGGCAAUGACGUUCUGGGAAGUAGAGUCAGCCCCCAGGUAUUCGGGCUCUGAGUUUACAAUGUCAUCCUAUGCCUGAAACUGGAACAUCUGCAUCUAUUCUGUUUCUAUUCUUGUUGAAAUGUAACCUGCUGCAACCUCCAUUAGAAGCUAUUAGUCCUGGGUUGUCUACCUCUUGACAUUCCCAGUGCCUUGCUUACAAACUCACUAAGUUCUAAUGCAUCACAAAUUGCUCUGUUGGUGCAUUGAUAUGCAAGCACUCUAGGUAUAAAAGUAGCAGUAGCAAUAGCAUUUAGGCUUAUGUAUCACCCUAUAGCAUUUUACAACACUUUUCCUCAGCUCAGAAUUAACCUCAGAUAAUAUUUUUGGUUGGUUGUCAAUUUCAUUAUGCUGGCAGUAUAAAAUAAGGAAGGGGAUGCUUACAGAAAAAGCUACUUUGGUGAAGUGAUUAAGGCAUCAAGCAGAAAUCAGGAGGUUGUGAAUCUUGCUUCAAGGACAAAACCAUCUGGGUGACCUUGAGGUAGUCACACUCUUGUAGCCUUAGGAAGCAGGCAAAAGUAAACCACUGCUGAAAAACCUUACCAAAAAAACGAACUGCAAGGUCUACUUCCAACCGUCACCAAAAAUCAACAAUAACUCAAAGGCACACACAUGAUUAGAUAUGAGAUUCUAUCACUAUUUGUAGUUUGAUUUAAUAUUCAUAAAUGUGUUUAUAAAGUUUGCAAAUAAGAACAGUAAGUUUAAAAUAGUUCUAAAAUGUUGAAUUAUGCAUUUUAUACUUGGAUGUUUAUCAGUGUAUGAAGAAUUUUGGAUUUAUUGAAUUUGAAAGGGAUUAUUCUCUUAUACCACCCCAGGCAUACAAUCUUGGAUAGAUGGUACAUAUUCGUACCGUGUUAUGAUGAACAGAAUAAAUACUCUGCAUAAAUAUUUAA